CGUUUCGGAACCAGAAGAAGCGAACGGAAGAAAAGAUGGCGGCGUCCAUCCUGGUGCAGAGGACGGCAGCGUUCAGUGGGACCUUAAAGGGAGCUUCCCUGUCCAGAGCCAUCCUUCCCGUGAACUGCCGCUGUGGGUUUGUGUUGCAGGCCGCAAGCUACAACCCCAAGCCGCUGUGGCUGAACCUCCGGGAUCCCUACGUCCCCGACAAGGAGAGCAACAAAACUCCGGAGUGGCAGAAGACGUCUCGGUACGACAGGAAGCUGUUCGGCCGCUACGGCUCAGCCUCGGGCAUCGCGCCCGCGUCUCUGUGGCCGUCUGCCGAGGAGCUGGAGAAGAUUGUAGCGGAGGAAAAGGAGUGGCAUCCACCAUUGGAAGUUUUACUGAAGAACAUCGAGGCCAGAGAGACGGAGGAAACCGAGAAGCGGCUCGCGAAGGAGAAGCUCAUAGCGGCGAACAUGGCCAAGAUGCCCAAGAUGGUGGAAGACUGGCGCAGGGAAAAGCGCGAGGCCAAGCAGAAGCUGAAGGAGGAGAAGGAGAGGAAAGCCAAGCUGCUGGCCGAGGCGCGGGAGCGCUUCGGUUACAACGUGGACCCCCGCAGCCCCAAGUUCCUGGAGAUGGUCGCCGAGAUAGAGAAGGAAGAGAAGAAGAAACGGAAGCUGCUGAAGCGCAGACAGAAGGAGGAGCAGGCUGCAGCGCCCCCGGCUGCCCAGCCCUAGAACUGGAGUUUUCAGCAACACAUGCUGUCAGUAGAAACAACAACAAAAAUCUCAGCUCUGGUUUAAUCAGUCAUGGCAGGAAUUGUGUUUUUACAAAUGUAUAUACUAAACUGGCGACAUGUUGCUAUGUUUGUAUUUAUUGCGCUGGAAAGUGGACUUUGUAAGCCAGUGCAGUCCUUCUUUUAUCACCCAAUAUCUUCUUUGACGAUGAAAAACAAUUUUUUCUUUCUGUUUCUAUGUAUCUUCACCAUCUUCUCAUGUGUACAGACUUUAGAACAAAAUAUAAUUCUUCCAAAACA